AAUCCCUUGUUUAGCGCGUAUGAGAUGAGUUGAUUAUUUGGUGAUAAAAGAUUCAAUAUUUUCAAUACUUCUAAUUAAAAAAGUCCACUUGGAUCUUCGAUUAAUAUUUAAGCCCCAAAAUAACUCAACAAGCAUUUACGGUCAAAAAAAAAGUUUAUUUUAUUUAUUAACUUGUUAAAUCCUCCGUGCUAUAAAUAUUUGUAAAGAAAUGGCACAGUGGAUAGGAAGUAUGGUUUCAAUAAAAUGCUCAGGCGAGUUGGGCAAUUACCAGGGUGAAAUUUUGGAUGCCAAUCCAGACAGGAUUACUUUAACGAAGGCCUUUUGUGAUGGACUGCCUUGCCAGACACCUAUUCAUGUUAAUGCUGCAGAUAUCACAAGCCUGAAAUUCAUCGAAAAACCAGUGGAAGAUACAGCUUUAAGCACAGUUGUUUUACGCAAGCCUAGUAAGGCUCCCAGAUGUCAUAGUACUUCUGAAACCUUGAAUAAUUCCAAACAAAAUCAGAUUAACGGAGUGCAAAACGUCAGCAAACCGAUUGAUAUUGAAUUAAGCAAGAAAUUUGACGAGGGAUUGGCUUUUUCUAAUAAGAGUAAUAACACUCCAAUUAAUAAUAAACGAGGAGCCACAAAAGGUGGAAGGCAAUGGGUGAAAAGUUGGAAAGACGAGGAAUGUUUUGGGUCUCCUCUGGAUCACCAUGUAAAAGGUGAAUUUGAUUUCGAAAAGAACCUGGCCCUGUUUGACAAACAAGCUAUUUGGGAUGAGCUCAAUUUACAAAAGCCCGAUGUUGUGAAAAAUACAGAAAAUCGGAAAAAAUACAGUGUAUUUCGUUGGAAUUCAAAAUAUAGACAUGAUGAAAAUGUGAUUGCAAGCCAACCACAAUCAACCCGUCAAAUUUUUGUGCCAAAACAAGACUGUAAUGAAUACGUUUCAGAUGAUGGACUAAUAAUACCCUGUAUUUCAAGAAUUCUCCGUAAAAAACUAUUUGAAGCAGCAGAGAAAGCUGGACUUUCCUUGGAAAAACGUAUCGAAUUAUUUGGCACUGCUGCAGCUGAACUGGCCAUUCAGCUAAUUGGUGGAGGUCACAGAUUAAAUCCCAAUAAUGUACAUCAAUUGCCUACGGUGCUUGUUUUGUGCGGACCUCAUAAUCAAGGUGCUGCAGGUAUAAACACUGCUCGUCAACUAGCCUCACACGGCGUAAGAACCAUUGUAUAUUGUGUAUCGCUAGACGCUCCUGCGAUCAAAAAUGAGCUCUCUUUGUAUAUGCUAACAAGAAACCGAACAAUUACCAUUGUACCUGAAUUGCCUUCCACCAUAGAUCUGAUUAUAUGCGCCCUCGGUGAAGAUUCCGAUUCGCCCAAGAGCUAUCCUGCUUUAGCUGGUUGGAUUAAUAAAAAUAAAGCACCAGUUUUAGCUUUGGAUCCACCUUCUGGAGGAAUCCCAGGUGUCUAUCCAAAGUUGUCCCUAAUCCCUGUGCUACCUUUACCCCACUCGGAUAAUAAUGGCAAACUUUAUCUUGCCAAUUUGGGAUUUCCAGUGGAUAUCUUCAAUGAAGUCGGGAUAAAGUAUAGGAGCCCGUUUGGGCCUAAGAAUAUUAUUCCUUUACAUCCACACGAGUGAGGAAUUAUUUGACUUCUUGUUGUGGAAGUAUGAAGAAUGCAAGCUCAUUGUUUAACGCUUGACUACAUCAACAUCUGACUAAAUUGUUUUCUUUGUAAUUAUUCCACAAUAAAGUUGCUGCCAGGAAUAUGGUAGAACCUACAAUUCAGACCAAUAAUCCUUGAGUUAAGCAGAUUCAUUUAUUUUUCCUCUACCGGAUGCAGACUUGGCAUUUGAAGUUGCGCACCAAAAAUCACCAUUUAAGUUUAAAUUAAACUGCAGUCAAAAAAUAGUAUAUUAUGCAAUGAUCAUGUAAUGAUAGCCAUUAAUACACGAGCAUGUUGUAGGAUACGAAACGAGCCGCAGGCGAGUUUCGUAUAUAACAUGCGAGUGUAUUAAUGGCCAUUACAUGAGAGUUGCAUACACUAUUUUUUCUACUGCCAUUGAUAAAACUUGAUGAUAUUUAGAUAUGUCAACAUUAUGCUUAACUUUGAAUAGGGAUUUUAUAAUUGAGUAAUGCGUCCAUACAGUUGAAGGUUUCAUUUUUUCUUGUAACUCUUCAAAAUAUACUAUCAAAACAUUUUCUGAGAAGGACGAAUGUGUUUUUGGUGUUUCCAAUCCAUAAAUUGUCCAUAUAAUUUUUGGUAAAUUUUCUUGGACUUGUCCGGUAGUAUAUUAUUACCUGCAUUUGUCGCCCUUUCUGUAAUUUCUAGAGGUGUUAGUGAAAAUUCUUUGUUAUCGCUCAAUAUUUCCAUAAUAAUGCCUUCUCCCAAACUUAAGGUAUUAACUUUUAAUAACAAUUUGAGGUAUUUUUGUUUAUUAAAUUAUUGUUUUUCGCUAAAUUACCAUGGAAAAGCUAUAAACAGAGUGCUGUCAAAAUUCAAAAAAAAAAAAUUCAAAUUUUUUUUAACUGGUGGCGCCAUCUAUUGACAAUGUAUAAUAAUGAAGAAAGUAAAAAUUCUUCGUUAUCAUUCAUGAUUUCCAUAAUAAUUAUUCUUUGUCCCAAACUUAAGGUAACUUUUAAACAAUUCGGAGUCUUUUUUAUAGUUAUCAAAAUAAUUGUUUUAGGCAAAACCACCGUUUAAAAUGUUUAAUAUCUUAACUAGUGCUGCCAUCUAUCUACAUUGUAUAAUAUUAAAAAUGAGUAUUAUAAUGAAAAUCUGUAUCGUAAUGAAGUUCAUUAUGAUACAGAUUUUAAUCGUUUAAUAGCGUAUUAUGAAAUGUCAGUAGAAAAAUGGCCUUUAUUAAACUGAGAUCAAAAAGUGUUGGUGCAAACUACCUACCAAGAGUUUGAGAUUGACAGGGAAGAUAAUUUGUUUCACUUUUGAUAGUGGAAGAAGUUUAACGCCUUCUGGCAAUAGUUCUCAAUCUAAAAUCUCAUAUGGAUUUUUGAAAAAAUAAAUAUGUAUCCAAAUACCUAAAUCGUACUAACAAGAUAAGUGGGGUUGAAAAAAAAACUAGUUACUGGCUAGCAAUUGUUCUGGACUAUAUCUCUAUGUUCAAAUGAAUGAGGAAUUAUUUGCUGUAGAUGAGAGGGAAAUUAUAUACAGGGUGAUUCACGUAGCCUGUGUAUUAGCUUGUAGGUGGAUUAGAUGCUAUUUCUACUAAGUAUAACAUAGGUUUUACAAAAAAUAAACAAUUAUUUAACAUUAAAACACUAAAAUUUAUCACUCAAAUUCUAAUAACAAUAUUAAAAAUUACAGGCGCCUAGAAUCCUUCUUGAAAUAUUCCACUUCAAUUUUCUUUACCAAAUUAAUAAGGGAAGGAUAUCUUCUUACAAUUUCAGCCAAAUCGUUUCUGGGAAGAGGAGUAGUUAAAAUGGUAAAUAGAUGACCAAAGACUAAAGCAUCCAAUUCAGUAGGCCUAAAAGUUAGUGUUAAUAUUUAUUAACAUACAAUAUUUAGCUUGUUACCCUCCAUUGAAAAAGUAUUGUUUAUUAUCCAAUCUAACACUCAAAGCUUCACAACAGCUUUCAACUUCCUGAUGCACUUCUUCCAAAGUUUUAUUAUACCAAUCGAGUACUUUUAGUUUUUUAAUGACUUGGUUCUUUUUCUCUCGAUUUUGUAUGUGAUUCAAAGGCCAAGGAUAAACUGAACCAUUGCGUACACUUGUAACUUCAUUAUAUGUUUCUCUGUCGAUCCAACAAAUAUAAAGCUCAGCAAUUUCGAUAACAUUUCUCACUAAGGUCAUGUAAGCUCUCAAAUCGGAUUUCUGUUCGUUGUCCAACCCGUCAGUUAAAGAAAUGCCUUUUCCAUUGACAAAUUGCACGAUUCCUUCUAGUUCUGCCAUAACGAAUCUACCAGCUUUGAUAAAAGGUACUUUGCCGGUAGGAGACAUGAAUUCAGCGUUCGAUCUGGGUUCUACUUGGAAUUCCAAGUUGCACAUUUUCAAAAAAGCUUGAACCGCUAAGCAGUUUGCGUUGUCAGGGAGGAGAAUUUGUUCUACUUCGUACGGUUGGAAGAGUUUGACGUCUUUUGGCCAUGGUUCUUG